AGAUUAAAUUGACUUGAAUGAUUCCAGCCUCAUAGUGGUCACAGCCACUUUCUCACCUUUACUCAUCUUCCUCUUGCUUUCUUCAUCUGCUUGUCUUUAGAGUUUUAAGCUACUGGUAGAUUCUUGUUAAAAAAAAAAAAAACAAAAAAACUCAUCUUUACAUUACACGUUUGAGGACAGCUUGAGGAUACCACCCACGGAUUAGUGUUGCUUUUAACUUCUGAUUUUCUUCUGCUCAGUCUCCUUGGUUUUUGCUGAUCUGUUGGACCUUCUGGGUUGAGUACUGCCUGCCUGCUCUGGCUGUGCAGCUGCUCUCCUCUGAAACAGUGCUGAGGAUUUGUGCUCAGCAGGGGUUUUGUGUAAAAGAAGCAAGCUGUCACCAUGCUGCGAGACUUAGCAUCAAACAUUUUAACGUUCCACAACUAUUUAAAGUCAAGAACCGAUGCCAGGGUCAGAGACUACCCGCUGAUGCAGAGCCCUGUUGAGAUGACCACCAUCCUACUGGGUUAUGUCUUCUUCACUGUAUACGCCGGACCUCGCCUGAUGGCCAACCGCAAGCCUUUCCGCUUAAACUCAGCCAUGAUUAUCUAUAACCUCAGUAUGGUUUUACUGAAUGCCUACAUAGUGUAUGAGUUCAUGAUGUCUGGAUGGGCUACUACCUUUACGUGGAGAUGUGACCUAAUUGACACUUCAAGCAGCCCCCAGACUCUCAGGAUGAUUCGAGUCAGUUGGAUGUUUUAUUUUUCAAAAUAUAUUGAACUCCUUGACACAGUGUUCUUCGUGCUCAGGAAAAAACAGAGUCAGAUCACAUUUCUCCAUGUAUUCCAUCACUCCUUCAUGCCCUGGACAUGGUGGUGGGGCAUCACUCUGACUCCUGCUGGUGGAAUGGGCUCCUUCCACGCCAUGGUGAACGCCACAGUCCAUGUCAUCAUGUACUUCUACUAUGGCUUAUCUGCAGCAGGACCUCGCUUUCAGAAAUAUCUGUGGUGGAAGAAAUACAUGACUGCCAUCCAGCUUACACAGUUUGUUCUGGUCUCUGUUCACAUCAGCCAGUACUACUUCAUGGAAAAGUGCGACUACCAGGUUCCCUUGUGGAUCCACCUCAUUUGGAUGUACGGCACCUUCUUCUUCCUCCUUUUCUCAAACUUUUGGGUGCAGGCCUACAUAAAGGGCAACCGCCUGCCGGAAACAGAGAAUAAGUCAAAGCAGAAUGGUUUGACCAAUGAGGCCAUUACUGUGGUGGCCAACGGUAAACACCUGGAGAAUGGGAAAGCACACCAUUACACUAACGGCAAAAUCUUCAUGGGCAAAGUAAAAGAAAUUUAACCUUGUGACUGUGCUUGUUAGAAGGAGGCAUUGAAGGAGGCUUUCUCGAGCCAGCUUGAAUAUGCCAUUCAUGUCUACUGGCAUACUGGAAUGGCAUGUUUCAAUAUGCUUUUCCUAAACUACAGAAUUUCCAUGCCAGUCUAGUCCUUCUUUAAAAUUAUAUGCUCACUUCUUGGGAUGUGAAUGGCAUAUUGUUGUUGCCGGUGAUCUCUACUUGCCACUUUGUGUUUGUUUGUUGUGAAAACUAUUAACUGUGAUGCACAUUUUAUGACAAGUGGUGCUCCUUUUGUCACUGAUAGUAUUCCUCAACUUAGACUUGAUCCACAGAAGCCUGACCUACACAUUUUUUUUUGGCUGCAUGGCCCCUGUUGCUUGGGAGAAUCGCACCAUUUCCACUGAAGACUAGCACAUGUAAAUAACUGCUACAUAUUUUAUGCCAAAAGAUUAUUUUCAUUGUUAAAUGUUAAACAUUUAGUUUUUUCCUGUUUUUAUUUAUCAUUUGAAAUAAAAUAAUUUUUAGAUAAAGGUCUGUGUCAUUUGGAAGGGAGCUAUGGUGCACGCAAUGUAAAAAAAAAAAAAAAAAAAACUGUUUAAAGGUUAAGAAUUGUGGAGUUUUUAUGCUGUAUAUUACAGUUUUGAUUUUUGUAUAACAAGGCAGUGACAAACUGAGUGAAUAUUACUUUACAAAACUGUAUAAUUCUGUUUUCUCAGCACACUGUGUGUGAACUAAAAAAGAUAAAAAAGUUAAAUGAAUUAGUUAAAGUCCACCACUGACAGUCCUUUAUAAAUAUCACUGCAGAAAUAUGUAUGUGCCUUACUAAACUUCCAAGUAUGUUGCUCACACAUGCACUGACAAGUCCCUCUGGAAGAAUGGUAUCACUUGAACUGUAAGAUUUGUUUGUAUUGGCUUAGUUUAUGUAUGCAUAGAUUUAGUAAUUGAUUUCAUGUUCAGCUCAAACUUUCCACAGAAUAAAUACAAUAAACUGCUUUGUGUGUCUUCCCCUUCUCAACUUCAAAAUACUGGUGUUUUGGCACAACAGAAUCAGACCCUGCAGCAAAAAUGCAUCUAGGGCCUUGGAAGACAUGUUCAGCUCUACCCACAUACACAAGUAUCUCUUAGGUGUUAGUUAAAUAUGGUUACUGGAUUAAAAUAAAAUGCUUCUGAUAACAUGA